CUACUAUUGCUGUCAACAAUAUAGUUUAAAAACUUCAACCUUAGUGAUUUAUAACUAGCAUCACAUUUGGUGAUGGCAUUCAUCACCAAAGAAUGCAGUGUUGUGCUGCACCAACUCUCCAAUGCUGCAGUCAUGAGUGGCAGAUGCCCUGAGCCAAGCCUCACUCAGGUAUCUCCUGGGGCCCAUAAAGCCUUGGAAAAGGUUGACCGUAUGCCAGUCCUCAAAGUUUCUGCUGCCUCUAUCAAGGAGGAGCCUGAGUUUGAAAGUGAAGAAGUAUACAUCAAAGAUGAACCAUUUUUAUAUGGAAAUGAAUCUUGUUCAACUGCACAUCUCAGCCCUGCGCGUGCACACUCCUCUUAUGUGCCGUGCAAGAUGGAAGCUCAAGUUGAGGCGCAUGACGCCCACCCAAACUCCUCACAGAACAUUUCCACUCUGUUGUCAAAUCAGUUUGGCGAAGGUGCAUCUGCACCAGCAUCAAGGGACUCUGAUGGCGAUGCUGACGUCUCUGGGUUGUCCACCUCCCAGCAGCACAUCAGGAUUGUAUGUCACCAGCAUGGAUUGGUGUCUGCAGGUGCAAGCAAACUACAGCAGCACACUAAUCUGGAACAUCCUGCAUCAGGACCCCACCGCUGCUGUGAAUACACCUCUACUUCAGGGAGUGGUCUACAGCAGCACAAUAAUUCUUUGCAUUCGAUGGAAACAUCAUUUAAGUUCCCAGCCUGUAAACAAUCAGGUACCACAAGUGAAACAAUGCAAAAGCAUAUCAAAUCCAAAUCUUCAAUUCAUCCUUUAUCAAUUAAUUCAUCGCUGAAAAGAUUUUGCUGCUCUGAGUGUGAUUAUGCUUGCAUUCAGCUCAAAAAGACCCAUCUGAGCUCUAAGUGUAUCGGAUAUGCAUGUUUGAACAGCAUCUGCUCUCUAGAGGCCAUCAGAAACUGCUUCAGUGACCCAGAUACCGUUCCCCCCUGA